AUGGAUAAGCUCAACUUUCAACACACCAAGGCCGUCAACCUUGCUCGUCGAUUCAGUGAACAAAACGAAAACGAUCUUUUGAUGGAAGACUAUAUGCGUCCCACUGAAAUGUUGCUCCAUUCCGAACCUUCCAAGAAGCUUGAUCACGUCAUGUGCCAACAAUUGAGUACCCAUCUGGUCCAUUUGAACGGUUUGCCCAAGGAAUGCCUAAAAUUUCCAGACGUGGUCUCCGAUUUGAAGCGUCGCGAUAGUGAUACAACUCAUCCUACUCAAUGGAUGUCUUAA